CAUUCAUUCGUCUUUUUAAAUAUACACUAACAAUAUAGCAUAGAAGCAUAUCGCUCUCACAUAGGCUAAUUCGUGUGUUCUAAAACUGCAGCUUUUCAACCAAUUUGUAUAACCGCGUUUUACUUCCAAGUGAGUUUUGGAGAAAGGGAAAUCGGUAUGACCAUUUCGACCCUCCCCCUACCAUCAUCACCAGUUGUGUAAGCCAGAUAUUACACGACUUGAUCGUCUCAUACUGCCUGCAGUCGAAAUAAAUAAAUCAAAUCAAAUUUGAUAUACCCGUGCUUUGAAAAGGCAACGACUGCCAUCCCUCACAUGUCCUUUUACUUGUGCAUGUUUAGCGCUUGUGUUAAUCUUGAUUUAGUCUUCUCUUUCCCCUUUAAUUUUUUUUUUCUGCUAGGGAAAUUGCUCCACCGCCAGCAUCAGCAGCCGCUGCUCCUUGAUGUUGUGGUAGUGUGUGCGCAUGCGCUCCACAUUGGAAUUACUGCACUGGCCAGAAUAAGUUGGAUCUCUCUUCUGUCUUCACUGAAAUCCUAAAUCAUAUCAAAACUAUGGCGAUGUUGAGAAUCAGGAAAAGGAGCAACUUUGGUUUUUGGACGUUUCCCGUAAUAGUGGCAGUGGUCUGUGCGCAAAGUGUCAAUGACCCUAGCAAUAUGUCACUGGUAAAAGAAACUGUGGAUAGACUGUUGAAAGGAUAUGACAUUCGCUUGAGGCCAGAUUUUGGAGGUCCCCCGGUGGCAGUUGGCAUGAAUAUAGACAUUGCCAGUAUAGAUAUGGUAUCUGAAGUCAAUAUGGACUAUACACUGACAAUGUAUUUCCAACAAGCGUGGAGAGAUAAACGACUGUCAUAUUCUGAGAUUCCUCUCAAUCUAACUUUGGAUAACCGAGUCGCUGAUCAACUCUGGGUCCCUGAUACCUACUUCCUGAAUGACAAGAAGUCAUUUGUACACGGGGUCACAGUUAAAAAUCGAAUGAUACGCCUGCAUCCUGACGGGACAGUCCUCUAUGGGUUAAGAAUUACUACGACAGCAGCUUGUAUGAUGGAUCUGAGGAGAUACCCCUUGGAUGAACAGAACUGCACUUUAGAGAUAGAGAGCUAUGGCUACACCACAGAUGACAUUAACUUCUACUGGCGUGGGGGAGAUCGUGCUGUGACGGGAGUGGAACGGAUUGAGCUGCCCCAGUUCUCCAUUGUAGACUACAACCUUAUCUCCAGGGAUGUGGUGUUCUCCACAGGGGCUUACCCCAGGCUCUCCCUCAGCUUCAAACUGAAGAGAAACAUUGGGUACUUCAUCCUGCAGACAUACAUGCCUUCAAUUCUGAUCACAAUUCUCUCCUGGGUCUCCUUUUGGAUUAACUACGAUGCCUCUGCUGCCAGAGUUGCUUUAGGAAUAACAACGGUGCUCACCAUGACAACAAUUAAUACUCACUUAAGAGAAACCCUCCCCAAGAUCCCCUAUGUCAAAGCCAUAGAUAUGUACCUGAUGUGCUGCUUCGUGUUUGUGUUCUUGGCCCUGUUGGAGUAUGCACUGGUCAACUACAUCUUCUUUGGGAGGGGGCCACAGCGACAGAAGAAGGCAGCAGAGAAAGCAGCAACUGCAAACAAUGAGAAAAUACGAAUGGAAGCUAACAAGUGGAUGGUGGGAAAUGUAGUUCAGAGAGACGAUGCACUGUAUGCCAGAAUGAAACAGAGGGAAAUUGAUGCUCAUGACUCAAUGUGGGAGCCAAUCUUUGUGGAGGAUGCAGCAAUGGGACUGGGCGAGCAAAAGAAUAAGAUGGAUCCUCAUGAAAAUAUUUUAUUGAGCACACUUGAAAUGAAGAAUGAAAUGGCUGCCUCUGAGCUCACAUUGGGCCUUAGUGACCCAAGAAGCACCAUGCUUGCUUAUGAUAGUUCCACCCUUCAGUACCGCAAGGCUGGAUUGGCCAGGCAUAGCUUUGGACGGAAUGCUAUGGAAAGGCAUGUAGGACAGAAGAAAAGCCGGCUACGAAGGCGUGCUUCCCAGUUGAAAAUCACCAUCCCUGACUUGACUGAUGUAAACUCUAUCGACCGGUGGUCACGGGUGAUUUUCCCCAUGGUUUUCUCCUUCUUCAACAUUGUUUAUUGGCUCUACUAUGUGAAUUAAGAAGACUGAGGAAUGCGGAAGACAGCGUUCAAUUUGUUGAUUCAUUUUACAACACAAGCCAGACUUUUGAAUUAUUAUAUCCAAAAUAAAUCAGGACUAACUACAUUUGAUCUUUGAACACCUUAAUUGCUGGCUAACACAUAUACAACCUUAGAGGUGUGAGAAACAGUGAACGGUGCCUGUUCCAGAAUUUAGCAUAUACAGUAAAUCCAUCAAUUAAGCCUCCACUAUUAUGUUCAUAUUUAUUUAUUUAUUUAUUUAUUUAUUUAUUUAUUUAUUUAUUUAUUUAUUGAUGUAUCUAUGUAUUUAUGUUUUCACAUUACAGUGACUUUAUAACCUUUCCUGUCUUAAUUGAUCAAAUUCUGGAACUUUCAAUGGGUCAAACCAAAUUCCGACCAGUGCAAUUAUAAAAAAAAAAAAAAAAAAAAAAAAAAAAAACACAUCAGAAUACACUAUGACAUCGUUUAAACAGACAUAUCUUAAAUGUCUGAUUUCACGUUGUAUCGUAUUUUUUAUUUACUGAUACAGGCAGAACAGCUGAAAGUCACUUAAAGUAUACAUUUAUAUGAAUCAUUUGUGUUCUACCGUUACCUUAUUUUGCAUGCCUCCCAUUGUGUUUUUGUGAAGUAUUUAUAGGACAACUUGUGGGGCGUGGGGGUAGUGUGGCCUUGGUUACUUUCUGCCCAUUCCAUUUGGAAACAUUUUACAGCAACUUCAUGGUCUUAUGUUCUGUCACAAAUGUUGUCUUAAGUUGCAUGUAAGGGGGAGCGUACUGUAUUCAAAGUGGCACUUCAGAAGUUUUUCCCUUAUUCAAUUCCUUUAACAACAUUUCACUUCUAGGAGUUAUUGUUUUGGAACACAGCUUUAUUUAUUUAUUUAUUUCAUUUAAUAUAAAUUAUCAUUUUUAUUUUUGGUUAAGAUAUAUAAUGAGCCUAGGUCAUAAGAAAUAGGAACAUAUUAUUUCGUAAAACUAUUACAAAUGCAUGUGCACUUAUGUUCUGACCACAUGGCUUUCAGAACAUUAAUUGAAUAUUAUUUAUUUAUUUGUAUUUGUUCCACUUUCCAUGUACAGGAAAAGAGGAUACAAGGCUUUAGAAAUGGUCUGAUGUGGUCAGCUGAUUGAUUCCCUAUGUUGCGUCAUUCAAUUCUAUUUUAUUUUAUUUUGUGUUUGAAGGACUGGCUUUCUAACUGUUAAGAAGAUACAAAACAAGAGACUACCCUUUUAUGACAAAUAGACAUGCAUAUGUUUCUCUUACAUUGAUAGAAUUCACAUUUUGGUCAAGUUUGAAUUCUGGGAUGAUUCAUUUUCAGCACUAUAAAAUCAAUUUUGAGAUUGACCAAAGCCAACUGGGCCAAGGACCCUUCUAGGUCAAGCAUUUUGUGCUGCCAGUCAUUGCAAAGAACGUGCUGCUAAUGACAAACAAAUAUUUCUACUAGGACUCUUAUUUACUGAAUGAGAUAAACCAACUGAAACUUAAACAAUGAGACACUCAAUCAUAAUUGACUUCCCAGUUUUUUUAAAGUUCAAUUACUUGCUUGACAUUCUUAAAAGCAGAUUACUGUAUAUAAACAUGGCCUGAUAUAACAGAACUGUACUUUUGUAUAUUUAUUGUAAGACAGGACGGUACCCAAUGAUGAAGAUGAUUGGUCUAGUUUUUUAUGGGUUACUUACCUUUGCGGUCCAUUGUCGGACUGGGUCCGACAUUGCAAUUAUUCCUCACAGGUCCUUUGUCGGACUGGGUCCGACAUCAUUAUAGCAACGCAAUAAACGCGUGUUUAGUCGUUUUUUCUCCGGAAAAAGCCGAGAAAACCAUUCAAUUGCCGAGUGGGAGCGACAGGAGCAGAGACAAGUCGAAAAAAAAGGCGUAUCUCAUGAAUAGUCAUACAUGGUAUCAGGUAUCAGAUAACGGGGCGGUCAUAGUAAACAAGCUGGCUGAGUGCGUCAGCGCACAGAGACUAUCAUGGACAUUUGCAGAGCUUUUUUCAGAUGUUAUAGUAAUAAAAUAAUGACUUGGAUCGCAUUAUUGAGGAGUUUGGUGAUAAAACGAGUGAUCCGGAGAUGAUCGAUCGGUAUGUACGACUAUUAUUAUUAUUAUUAUUAUUAUUAUUUAUUUCUUACAUAGGUGACCGUUAUAGCAAACGAAAGGGUGGGGCGGGGCUGGAGAUGCCUAGUGAGUGCUUUGUUGAUAUGCAGGGCCAUUUAAACCAGUCUGACUGUGAAAAAAAAAACUUUUAAACAGCGCGUAUAAAAUUAACUGCGCGUGUGAAAAUUAAUUAGACCUGGCGUGCCUGACACGCAAUUAAUAAAUGGACUGCAAAGGGUUAAAGGCAGUAAACAUAAAAAUAAAAAAAGUUUUCACCAUUAACAGUAAUGACACACAUCUUUUAAAGUAAUGGACAUAACAAACAGUGAUCUCUUAAAACCCCCUAAGGUUGAUGUAAUAUUAAAGAGCAAGAGAGACAAAAAAUACAUUUUGCAACAUAGCUGUAUUCCAAACGUGCCCUGCCAACUUUAGGACUGGUUCCUUGAGUAUUAAAAAUAUAUGCAUCUCUGGUUGUACAGUACCUGUAUGUGGACAAAUAAAUCAAAUAAUCUAAAUCCCAAGUUUUGAAGAGUACAUCUGAAAUGAAUGCACUGCAUGGAAGUCCUUUUAUAUAAACCAUUGAUAAUAUAGUAGACUUUUCUAUCCUGAUAAAACAAACAGGAUCUAGAGAAAAACUCAACAGAGUGCAUAAAUUGACCUUCAACUUUUGCAAUAUGCAGUGUCAGCGUGUGAAUGUAAGUGACAAAUCAAACCAAUGUUGUGAACAUUGGAAUUGAGCUACCUUUCUUAUUAAGUUGUCAUCCAACAGAUUUAACCGAAGGAAAACACAUUGCAAGUCUGUUGCCAAACAUAUUGAAAUAAAUCAGACUGCAAGUCCAUUGCCAAAUCCCCCAAAUACUCACUUUUCUACCUCCGUAUAGAUAAAGCCCCUAUGCCCAAGCAAGCUAGAUUAUAUAAAAAAAAAAAGUAUGAAUUUUAAAAGAUUAAAAAAUGAGCUCACACCCCACGUUGUAUUAAAUAAGCUUUAAGGAACUAGAGGAAUUCUCAACAAUAAAUUGCAAGUUACAUGGAAAACUAAAAGUACUUACAAGUAUUUCAAAUUAAGUAACGUACGUUUACCAUGAGUUCAUCUAUCUAUCAAUAAAUCAAUUGUUGUGUAUACUGUUAUAAUGGGCCAUUGUCCUUGGCAAUUUUGAUCCCUCUACCACUUACUUUAUUCAUACAUUUACAUGUUCCUGAUUUUUGCAAGAAUCAAUAACACCAAGUAACAUAAUAUAUUUCCAAUGAAAGUCAUUAUGCAACAAAAAAAGAGUCUGAAACCUUUUUCACUUUUAAUUUGUUACUUUCUUUCAGAUAUGUUCAGAUACUAAUGGAUUUCAUAUAAUAGAAAAAAAUAUUACAAAUCCAAUUCACAAUUUAAAUUGUCAGCAAUUCUGAGUAGUCCCAACAAUUUGUUUUUUCUGCAUUUUAAAUUAUACACAAUAUGGGAUACUGAGCCAGCACUUAAGGUUGUUGUGUUAUAGACAUUUCACAACAAAUUAUGACGAACAGCAAGGCACAGUUUCAAUGUUACCUUCCUCAGUAAUCUGUAAAUAUAUACUGUAUAUGAUUGUUAACAUUUAUGAUAUGCAUUUCAAUUUAAGUGAAGAUUCAUGAAGCAUAUUUCCGUGUUUACAUAAGGAAUGUUAUGUUUAUAUUUAGUAUUUCAGGGUUUUGGUGGGGGGGUCUUGAAUGGCUUAUGUCUUUAAAAAGGUUCAGUUCAGACGCAUGGAUUUUAAAGUAAUAUUUAAUCAUGAAGAAGACUAUUAUUUGUCAUUGUUCAAACUGGAGUAAAGAAACUGUAACCCAUGUGUUGCUGAAAAACUGUUUAUGCAUUCAUAUAUGUUGUUCUUUACAGGAUCAAACAUCUGAAAGCCUGUAGUAUUCUCCGUCUGUGUGAGUAAUUCCGUACUAAAAGAUACUGUAUGUGGAAAAGUCUUCAGCAGCAAAGUGGCUCAGGCAUUGCAUAAAACAGGAAUAUUAAAAAGCACAGCACUGCUUGGUGUCACCACUAGCAUACGAAGCCUUCAGGUUUCAUAUUCCACAGUGUUUCUGUUUGGAUUACAUUGAUAUUUUAACAGGGUAUAAUUUUUUUAAUGGAGUGUAUAUUCUAAAAGUGGAUUUAAAUAUUACAUUUUUUGCACUUUUUUUCUGUAAUUAUAAUUGGCCUCAGGAGCAUCCCUUCUACUUUUUAAUCUCAAGUAAAUUACAUCAAUCAAAUAGAAAGAAACAAAAACAUAUGUAGAUUAAUAUGGUUUUUUUUUUACAUAUGUUAUCACAUGCAAAGUAAUUCAUGCAAAGCAAUAUUGCAUGUUUAGAUAUUUCCAUUGCAAAAUUAAAUAUAGUAAUUCGAUGUACAGUUGUAAUCUUAACAGACACCUGUCAUGAACAAAAGGUUUGCAAAAAAAAAAAGUUUGAACACUAUUUGGAGCAUCUUCCGAAUGGUAAUUGUAAAGAUGACUGUAGACUGUAACGGAAUGACAUGUUUUAUCUUUAUUACUUUUGAACAAACAAACAAACAAAAAACAAAAAAAAAAACAGGGAAGUUAAAUGCGCAAUUUAAUGAUUUUUAUUUUUAUUUUUUGCUUUGUAAUCUCCGCUAUUUAUUCAAUAUAUUUAAAGAUCCUGAGAUUAUUGGUAACAUUUCUAAUUAGACUGUCCUCAACAAACAUGCCCAAAUUAAUAUGCUAAUAUUGUUAUUAUUUAAACUGAUAACACAGACACCAACAGAAUACAAUGUCAAUCAAUGGCAAAAACAUGUAUCUUUUUCAUGAUCAAGUUGCCAAAAUGCAGAGACAAACCCAUUUAGCCUUGAAAAAAAAAAUUGACUUGAACAAUGUUAGAACAUACUGUAUGAUAAAACGAAUACUACUGUUGCAGCUGCUUGUUUUGUUGGUGUAUUUUACUAUUACUUCACAGCAAGUACAGUGAUGUGCUGCAUAUCCUCGUUUUUGUUUCCACAGUGACACUUAUUGCUUUGCUACAGUAUAUUGAGCCUAAAAUUGUUCAUAGUGUGCUCAUUUUUUGUUUAUUAAUGACGCCUAAUUUAAAAUGUUACCAAAUCAUCUGAGUCCGUUGGUGCUUUAAUAUGAUUUUAAUUAAUAGAUUAUUAGAAAAAAAAAUUAAAAUCUUGGUGUAAUAAUUUUUUCACAAUGGGUGGGCGCCUGGGGUUUAGUUACUGUGUUACAGAAACAUAUUGCUAGUUGUAUAUAUGAGAUAUCCUGCGAGUGACCUCCACUUGGAAAAUACAUUCUUGUAAAUAUUAGCAGGUUUCUUAAGGACAUUUUUAACUCCCUAAUUUGUACUUUACUGUAAGGCGAAUGCAAAGCAAUUUCAUGGUUUAAGCUAACAUGUUAAACAUUAAUGUAAAUAUUUCUGAGUGUCACUUGCACACUUAGUGAGUAAAUUAUCAGCUUCUAGCUUUGUUUCAUUUUAAUACAAUAACAGUGUCCUUGCAAGGCUUGUGAACAACCACUGAAGUCAUAAACGUUUUUAUUUUAGUUUUUUUUCCCCCUGAUUUCAUUUAAUAAUUCAAAAUUGCAGAAUGUAGCAAAAUAUAUCGCAUUUCAUUUCACAGAGAAGUUAAUGUCAAAUUGAAUCCUGCUUUGUGUAAAAAGCAGUUUGGUCUCCAUACUUUUACAAAUGAUACACACAUAUGAAAAUAUUGGACUGGAUCUAGCUGGUGUGGCUUAAGUAUGUGUCAUGUGUAACUGCAACACAUUGAAUAUAUUUAUUUUAUACCACACAUUAAAAUGUCUUGCUAAUAUUUGUUAUACAUCUCUGCUGUAGAUAGUCAAAAUCCCUGGUGAGCUGGGUACAAUGAGGAUUUUUAAUGACCUUAGAAAGUACUAUGGCAAUGUGAUUUGCACAGGUUUACAAAAGAAGCCAUAUAAUACAGUCCAGCAGCCCUUACAAAACAAAACCAAAAAAUCAAGUUUUCAGCAACAUUCCAACAUUCCAAAUUAGCUUUUGAUCACAAACACACAGGAGAGACCUGGAAAGAACUUCUCAUUUAAAUAGCAUAUGAUAAAAAAGGAAUAUACUGUAUAUUGUCUUCAAAAUAUUGAACUCAAGCAGUCCAAAUGCAAAAUAAGAUUCUACUCCUCAACUGCGACCUAUUGUGAUGUAUACACAUCGCUCUGCUGGGACACUGUCUUUGCAAUGUCUUGUCUGUAUUUAGUCAUUUUUCAUGCAGUAGUUUUCUUGUAUGCACAUAAUGGAACUUUUUUUCUUUUUCUUUUUUUUUUUUUUUUGACAACGACGACUAGAAAAAUGAAACUAUGUGGACAACAUUGAAUUAAAGUUUCAUGUCCACCUUGCCAGGAAUGUCAAGGGCUGGGAUAAAUGGAAAAAAAAGUGAAUUGUUGACUGUAAAUGAGUAGUGUCAUAAGAAAUAUUUUCUGGAAUAAAAAAAAAAAAGAAAUAUAUAUACAUAUAUAUAUUGCAGCCAAUUUCUGCAUGUAAAUAUAAACUACUGUUGACUAGUGUGUAAUUCUUGAAAUUAAAAUAAUGCAAUAUAAAUAAAAAGACAUUUAAAUGAA